CGAAAAGACCGCGGUUACAUUCCACUAAUAUCGUCACAUUAGUUUCGAUUCGCCACAUAAGUUUCGAUUCACCAUGUCAUUUGCCUGUCAGAAAAAUAGUUAUUUAAAGGAGUUUGACACAGUCGUGAAAAGCUGUGUUCAAAGUGAACUGAAGACAGGCAAGAAGGAUGUUGUUCAGGGUUUCGAAGUCAUCCUAGAAGACACAAUAUUGUUUCCUGAGGGAGGCGGACAGCCAGAUGACAGAGGAACGAUUAAUGAAGUCCCUGUUCUGCGGGUCACACGGAGAGGGGCGGAGGCCGUACACUUUGUAACCAAGGCAAUAGAGGCUGGCACAUCGGUGCACAUGGUGGUUGACUGGGUGCGCAGGUUCGAUCACAUGCAGCAGCACUCUGGACAGCACCUCAUCACCGCUGUUACUGAGACCUUGUAUGGCUGGCCAACAACAACAUGGAACCUUGGUGAGAAGACAUCUUUCAUUGAACUAGACACACCCAAAAUGACGGAAGAACAGAUGCAAACCCUGGAAUCUGAGAUCAACAAGACUAUCAGACAGGGCGUAAAAGUUUUCCCCACCCUCUAUGAGAACAAGGAUGACCCCGCUCUGGCUGAGGCACGUUGCAGGGGUUUACCAGAUGACCAUGAAGGGCCCGUCAGAGUUCUCGCAAUAGAGGGGAUAGACUCCUGUCUCUGCUGUGGAACACAUGUAACCAAUGUUACAGAUUUACAGGUUGUAAAACUGCUGUUGACAGAAAAGGGAAAGAGGAAGAACUCCAUCAACCUGCACUUUGUAUGUGGUGACCGGGUGUUGCAGUAUCUGGGCAGGGCCGUGCAAGUGGAACGCUCUCUAAACGUGCUGCUCAAGGGACCCCUAGAACAACAUUUUGAGCUGGCAGAGAAGGCAGUAAAAGGAUAUAAAAACUCAAAUAAGACUGUACAAAAUCUUCUGAGGGAUGUGGCAAGCUUGGAGGCAGAGAAGUUUAGAAACCAGUCAGACAAGCCACCAUACUUCAUAUGUCACAGAAAGGAGGGGGAUAUAGACUUCCUUAACACCCUUAUCAAGGAACUGAAUGACGAGUCUUUAUUGACUCUGGCGACAGCAGGAGAAGACAAGGCCCCAGGAUUUGUUAUGAUGUCUGGCCCUGAGGAGAUGGUGAAGGAUCUUGGGCCAAAGAUAAUGGAGCUACUGGAGGGUAAGGGAGGGUUCAGUAAGGGCAGAUACCAGGGCAAGGCCAACAAGCUACAGAACAGGACCAAGGCUGCUCAGCUAGUACAAGAGGCUGCUAAAACCCUCAAACAGACCCCCAGCGAGCCUUAAUAAUGGAGUUAUGUAUUGACACACAGUAUCAGAAGAAUAUGUGCUAUUUGCUGUGAUCUUUUAAUUCAUGUAAGAGAAAUAUCUAAUUUAACAAAUUGAAAAAAUGUCGCCAAAUUCAGUGAAAAUACCUAAUUGUUAAAUAACCUCUCCAUUUGAAAAAAAGAGGCACAAUUUCGAAUAUUACGAUCAACAAUAUCAACUCAAGUAAACUUUCAGCAAAUUAUCUUUAGACUUAAUUGCUACUAAUCUUACAUUUUCCUAAUAACCUUUCCUUUUAAACUCUAGGGAAGCUAGUGCAUUUCCAUGCAUCCCUGGAAUUAAAAAAAUGGAAAACAUUCAUAAUAUUACGAGUGGGACAUUCCAUGAAGGACCAUGAUGACUUAGUCAAAAUCACCUGGUUUAAUAUCAAAAUCCCUUGGUGUAAUAUAAAAAUCAGACCAAAAUCCCCUGGGAAGCCUCUCAGAAAUAUGGCAUGUAUCUUGAUGCAUGAAUUUGUUAUAUCUCCAAAGUUAAGAUAUUUCAAUAGGCUACAAUUUUAACCACUCAUACAAUAAAAAAUGCAAAACUUUGUCACAUGCUUGAAGUGAUGUUCAGCUUUCAUUGGUCCCAUGUUUUUUCAUGUUUGAUUUGAACUGUAAAACAGCUUUUAUUGGUGUUGUAUGUGUUGAUGUGUUUUUCUUGUGUGGGGUGGGGCAACAUAGUCUACUAACUCCCUUUCCUUCUUUUUUUCUUGCCUUGUAUGUAUAAUAUACAGAUUUAUUAUAUAUAUAUUAAUGACCUUGUGUAUAUUAAUGCUGUUUGCUCAUGGGCCAAAGGCCGUUUGGCAUUUGUAUUAAACUAUAGAUCUAUUUGUGAUGUGAUCACAUGGCGUGGAUGUUUUCCAAUUGAAAUAUAAUUUCAUGUAUAUAUGAAUGUAUGCUUACAGUAGUGUUGUUUUACUGUCAGACUCACAGACAUGUUUCUCAGACUUAUAGACAGAUAUAGUUGUGAUGGACAAAAAAUACAAUCUGAUGUUAAUCAUUGGUAAGUCUGUAAAAUGUUGUGUUCAGUCACGUGUGUGGCUUGUUAUGUUGUCAAAUAGUCACAGUGGGGGUUCGAUCUCGUAUAUUCAGUUCUUAUUUAGGACUUUCAAUUUCAAAAAAGAAACCUGAACAUCAAGAUAUUGGGGUGGUUGUUUAUGUAUAGAUGAUGGAAUAAUUUCGUCAUGAAGUUUUUCACAUGACUUUUAACCACUUGUUGAUGACUGUGUUGUUUUUAUUUGUGUUUUUGUUUAAUUAACACACACAAUUGGAACUGUUUACAUACUUUUGUCAUGAAUGGAAUCUUUCUUAUGACUUUUAUCUUUGUUUUGAUGGCUGUGUUUUCAUGUCUGUCUCUUACAGAAUAAACAGACAAAACAGUA